AUGGCGUCCCGCAACACGGCGCCGUACGCAGCACAAGACCCCAAUGAGAUCUCGGCCCUGAUCCAGUCGCUGGAAGCGCACAAGGGCAAGAAUGGCAAGGGCGGCUUCUCGGUCAAGAAACACACAUUCCCGCUGCCUAAUGGCCGGACAGUCGACUCAUGGAAGAUGAACGACUGGGACUACAAGAAGGCAAACCUCCCCACAUACGCACGAGGAUUGUUCACGUACCAGAACUUGAAUGGAAACUCGGAGAUUGCUGUCAGGGGAUACGACAAGUUCUUCAACCACGGCGAGGUCAGAAAGACGGAGUGGAAGAACGUGGUGCGCGACACACGGGGUCCAUAUGAGCUGAGUGUGAAAGAGAACGGCUGCAUCAUCUUCAUAUCUGGUCUCGACGACGGCACACUAUUAGUCUGCAGCAAACAUUCAACGGGCGCGCGGGGCGAUUCAGAGCUCAGUCAUGCCUGUGCAGGCGAGCGGUGGGUCGAGAGGCACAUCGCGACAGUUGGCAAGACGAAGGAGGAUCUGGCGCGGACGCUACGAGCCAUGAACGCAACGCUUGUGGGCGAGCUAUGUGACGACGACUUCGAGGAGCACGUCCUUGCAUACACACCCGAGCAGGCCGGCCUGUACGUUCACGGGCUCAAUCUGAACCUACCUGAGUUUGCGACAUACCCUGGACACCUCGUCGACAAAUUCGCCGAUGAUUGGGGUAUGAAGAAGGUCACGUACGUUAUGGAGGAUGAUAUAACAAAGGUCAAGGCCUUCUUGGACAAGGUGGCGGAGACAGGCAACUAUGAGGGACGGGACACAGAAGGCUUUGUUAUCCGCUGCCAGACACGCGAGACCGAGGGCGCUCCGUACGUGGACUGGUUCUUCAAGUACAAGUUCGAGGAGCCGUAUCUCAUGUAUCGACAGUGGCGUGAGUGCACAAAGGCUUUGAUCGGAGGCAAGCCCCCGCGAUACAAGAAGCACGAAGCCAUCACCAGGGAGUACCUCGACUUUGCCCGGAAGAAGUUUAUCCAGAACCCUGGGCUUGCCAAGGCAUACAACCUAAACCAUGGAAUCAUCAAGCUGCGUGAUGAGUUUUUGCAGUUCCGUGGAACUACUGGUGCGGAAAUUAUUCGAGAAGAGUUGGAGACUGGGCCUGUCGAGAGUAGGAAGGCCAACCGCAAUAUCGUUCUUGUCCCGAUCGCGACCAUCGGAUGUGGAAAGACGACACUGGCGCUUGCGUUGCUAAAGCUGUUCGGAUGGGGUCAUUUUCAGAACGACAAUGUCAAGGCAAAGAAGGGUAGGGGCCAGAUCUUUGCUGACACUAUCUCGUCACUGCUCAUCACCAACCCCGUCGCCAUCGCAGACCGAAACAAUCAUCAGAAGCGCGAGCGAGAUCAGAUUAUCACAGACAUUUCACGGACCGUACCCGACGCUCGUUUCGUUGCACUACACUACGUCCAUGACCGAUCUAACUACGACAACAUUCGUGCCGCAACGCGGAAGCGCGUUCUCGACCGCGGCGAUAACCACCAGACUAUCCAGGCAGGCUCAAAAGGUUCGAGCGAGAUCAUUGAAAUCAUGGAAGGCUUCAUGCACCGCUUCCAGCCCGUCGAUCCUUCAGGGGCUCCCGAUGAUCUUUUUGAUUUAGUCAUUGACAUCGAUCCUACUGUCGACUCGCGUGAGAAUCUUGAAGUCAUCAUUGGCAAAAUGUUCGAGACAUACCCCGCCUUGUUUGAAGGCAAGGAUAUGCCUACCGAUACCGAUAUGGAUGCUGCCAUCGCGUGGGCUAUGACUGACUACAAGCCGGACUUCAAGAUGGACCUAUCGAAGGGCGGUAAUGGCAACAAGAGUAAGCAUAACCUCAACAACACCCAAAUCCUUCAGAACAUGCAACGAGCCGAGGGCCAAAACGGACGAAAGCAGUCCCAACAGGAGGCCAAGCCCAAGAAGGCGCCGCGCAUGGAAUACUUUUCAGUCCGUCUGGACCCUUCGCGCAUCAGCUCAGUUCUCGAAACCUUGUUUAGCGACAAGGAUGCUACUACCGCGCGCUUUUACAACCAAUUAAAGCAGUCACGUCGCGUCCAGAACGAGUUCCACGUUACGCUCAUGCACCGUGCCUCGGCGUCACAAAAUCCGGCAUAUUGGGAGAAGCUUACCAAGCUUCACGAAGCUUCGCAGAAGACCAACGCCAACACUGGAACAUGGGAGCCCGAGCUCGGCCAGUGCGGCGUGCAGAUAGAGCGCUUGAUCUGGGACGACCGCAUCAUGUGCUUCGUUGUACGUCUGAAUGGCUCAAGCAGGCUUCAAAUUGACAGCGAGUCGGGCUCUACGACUGAAGAGCUUGUAUUCGAGUCGGUGAAUCCAGUAGCACACGUCACUGUCGGUACGGCGUCGCAGCAGAUCAAGCCCAUGGAAAGCAAUGCUCUGCUGCAGCGCUGGCUGAACGAGGGAUCGGGCGGCGAGACGGGCAUUGGCGAGCUGAGCGUCAAGGGCAACAUUGUUGUUGAUGGUAGCGUGAGGGGCGUUCUGGGCCGGUUGUAG